AUGAUAUCCACGAAGGAAAUGGACAUCGGAAAAGCGGGUUAUGAAGGGGGAAAGAGUGAGAAGGAAGGCGAUCAGAAUGGGACGGAGAUGCUCGGCCUCAACGAAGAGGGGGGAGCGCCGGAAUGCAACGAGUCGGUAUAUGAGUCGCCAGCGGAGUUUUCGGACGGAUCGGACGGGGGGAUGAGUGGGGGAGAGGGAGCUCAGGCGAAGAGAAGAGGUAGGAGGACGAAUGCUGAGCGGUUGAGGAGAGCGACGGCAGGGGGGAGAAAUGCGUCACCACUUCUGAGGGUUUGGCAGAAAAAGAGAGAGGAGGAAAGAGCGAGCGAGACAGAGGAUAAUGAAAGUGAGAGCGGAAAAAGAGGAAGACAAGAUGAUGAGGAGGGCGAACAGAAUGGGAAAAGGAGGAAAGAGGACAGCGAGAGAGCAGAUAAAGAGAGAUUGAAGAGAAUAGAGGAGAUGUUGCGGAGUUUCAGGGAAGAUACUGUGGGGGCACUGAAAAAAGCGAAUGAAGAGGGAGAGGGAAUUAGAGGAGAGAUAAGGGUAAUGAAUGAGAAAUGGAAGAAGUGGGAGAAUAAAUGGGAGGAGGAAAAAAAGCGAAUGCAAGAAGGGAUAAUGGAUAUAGGAGAGACAGUCAUAGAGAUGAGGAAGGAGCAAAAAACCGAUAUAGCCCAAGUGAAUGUCAGACUCAGACGGUUAGAGGAGAAGGGGAGUAGGAUGGAUGAGCUGGAGGAGUUGGUAAAGGGAUUGAGGAUGGGAGGAGAAGAGAGUAACGGGAAUGCAGUGAGCGCAGGGAAGGCAAAGGUGAUGCAAGUGCAGGGAGUUCUUGUCAAAGGGGUUAAGAAAUUCGGGGGGGUGGGCAAAAAGGGGAGUGGAUCAGUUGUGGUGGAACUGGAGAACGAGGAGCAAAAAGGAUGGACCAUGGGAAGUAGGGCAAGCCUUAAAGGGAGACAGGAGGUAGUAGACCAUGAUAGAACUCGAAAGGAGAGAAAAAUGUUGUGGAACCUGGAGAAGGUGGAGAUGGUGGAAAGAAACACAGACGAACAGUAG